AUGGCAACGCGGCGAACUACAUGGAUAGAUCUACGGAAGGCUAAGCUAGUGUGGAAAAUUGAAGAUAUUUAUUUUAAAAUAGCGCGUGUAAAAUGUGACGAAACUGCACUGGUAGCCGAUUUCAUAGAUGACCGGACUAUGUUUUUUCUAUAUUUAUAUGUUGGCGGAGCCACUGCUUCCAAUAAAUGUUCCUUUGGUGUAUCCGUUGCGGGAAAUUACUGUUCACAACAAAAAGGGGUUCCAGCUUUUUGCCACAUAUAUGUCGAGAGUUACAACAGCGACGGACGCAGAGAUGCAAAAGUCGAUGUCGUAAACGUUAGAACUACUUUGACAACACGAAUUUGGAGGUCAGAUGCAGCGGACCUCGGCAAGUUUAUGGCUCUAAAAUAUUUUACUGUAUUUUGCGAGAUUGAUUAUUGGACAGACAACUGUAUAAAGAACGAAUGUAAAGCAAUACCUUCGGUUCCCAGGAGCUCAGCAUUAAUAUGCUCAGAGAAUUUAGAAAUAUUGAAUUCUGGAAGUUUUAGCGAUUGCGUCUUCAGGGUUGACGAUCGUGAAAUCAAAGCGCAUCGGUGUUUUUUGGUUCAGCAUAGCGCAGUCUUUCGUGAAAUGUUCAAUGGGAAAAAAAUGCUAGAGUCGGAAGAUAGAACUAUUGAAAUAACCGACUUCAGUUAUGAAGCAGUUAUGGCAAUGCUUGAAUUUAUUUACGGAGGAUUAACAACAAAUAUUACUGACCGUGUUGUAGAAGUACUUCAAAUUGCAGCGAAAUAUGAUAUUAAACCACUAAAAUCUUUUUGCAUAAGUCGCAUUAGUACCACCAUUAAUAUAUCCAAUCUCACCACAGUCGCUCAACUUGCAGACUCAUAUUCGUUGUCCUCGUUGAUGGCGGAUUGUGGGGAUUUCCUUUCGAGAAAUAAGAGUCCUGUCCUCCACUCUGAAGGAUGGAAAACUUUAAGAAAAACAAGUCCGGAACUGGCAAUGAAAUUACUGGAUAUAAUGUCUUGA